AUGGGCGACGCCCGCAACACAUCUUACCCGUCAGGGGGCGUCCCGCAGAAGUUGUUGGUGGCCAACCAUGUCACCAGCACCAACGCAGUGGUGGACGCCUACCAGACGGAUUACAGUGAGACUGUGCGCUCGUACCGCGUCUGCCGGCGCGAUCCGCUGGGGCCGCACACGCCGCCUUUUCUGCGUUUCCUUUCGCCUAACGACAUGAUGCUGCUGGCAUUGCUUGUGGCGCUGUCGGUGCCGUCACUUCCGCUGCUCAUGGAUCGCCUGUGGAUGGGCGGCUGGAUGCCGUUUCAGGCUAUCGGCGACAUCAACGACUUUGAUGGUGAUGUCUUGUUGGUGCGGGAGGCGGCUGCGUCGCUUUCACCGCGGCUUAUUCUGUUGCUGGUCUGCUUUAUAGUGUCGGUGUGUCGCCUUGUGGUUGGCGUUAGGCGCGUCCACACAGAGGAAGUAACGGCGAUCCGCGGGCUGGGGAUGCAAAUAACUAGUUACGGUGCGUUUGGCGGCAUCCGAGCGCAGCGGUUUGUGGAGCUCAGGCUCAUCCGCUCCCUUAUCAUCCACGACGCCUUCUUCCGCUGCCAGGCUAUUUUCUUCCUCUCCGCGACGGUGGAGAACGAGGCUACGCGGCUGGUGUUGUUCGAGGAGACGCUGCCGCGGCUGGCUGUGCUGCAGCGGUUCCUGUGUGGGCUGCGACAGAUACUGUACGAGGAGCCUGAGGAGGGCGCCACGCUCGGGGAGAUGGAGGGGCAGGGGUCGGAGGGCUUCGACGACAGCGUAGACGGCGACUACAGGGGCGGGGAGGAUGAAAGCGAUGUGACAGAGCGUGAGUUCCCCACCUUCCCCGCUGCCGCCGGCGACGGCAACUAA